AUGCACAUUUCAGACCCCGAUGCCUUUGCAGUAUCGACGGCUGCCGCGGCGUUGAAAAAACGAAAAAGAGAUGGAGCCCUCUGGAAUCAAGAGGACAUUGAGAAUAUCGAAGGAGGUAUUCCACCCUACCAGCUCGAUUAUCAGGACAUAAACAUGCUCGCGCCUACGCCACGCUUCAUUCCCGAAUCUUCGCCGUCGUCUCGAUCUCAAUGGCUCCAUCUCCAGCAAGGCAGCACCGCGCCAGCUAUGCAAAAGAAGAGGAGGAUUCUACAACCUCAAUCGAGCCGCCAGCCUCAGUGCCUUCGACCUCACUCUGGUAGUCACAGUCAAGCACAAUCCAAUCCCGACAGCCCCAACACGAAAAAGUCGUCUUUGCCUACCCUUACGAUCCCGUCCUUUAAUAAUCACCAUGAUCCCUCUUUCUCAUCCAUGUCAGGAUCCGAUGAGGAUCUCAUAUCACCCCGCACAACAACGACAACUACACUGUCAAUCCCGCCACCCGUCCUGCGGCCGUGCCAUGUGUGCCAUCGAAAACCCUCGACAAAAGUCAUGUUGGACGCAUACGCAGACUGCGAGCUCUGCGGUCAACGGGCGUGCUAUAUCUGUUUGAGAGAAUGCAAUUCCAUCAACUGCGGAAGCAUUUCAUCUCUUCCGGAAACUCCAAAUGAAUACCACCAGGGCGAAGAAUACGGCAUGGACAUGAGGCGUGACGAUGGAUAUUUGCAUACAACGACACACUAUCAACAAACACCAACUCAUAACCAGUCCAACACGGUACGACAGAGGAAGAUCUGCUCUUCUUGUGCAAUCGAAGGAUUAACAGACACCGGAGAAGAAAUUGUCUGGUGUAUGAGCUGCGUGCGAAGAGAGGAAACAAGCCCACGAAUGUGGCAAUAA